AAGAACGGUUCUGCCCUCACUCUCCGCGCCCGCAGUCGAUAACAGGAAAGGCCCGAGGAAACAAACAGAACCGACAAAAUGAAGUUCCUUAAGACGUCGAGGGUCUGCCUCGUUACCCGGGGUCGCUAUGCCGGCAAGAAGGUUGUCAUCAUCCAGCCCGUCGACAACGGCAGCAAGACACACCCCUAUGGCCACGCCCUCGUUGCCGGCAUCGAGCGUUACCCCAGCAAGAUCACCCGCCGCAUGUCCAAGUCGAGGCAGGAGAAGCGCUCCAAGGUCAAGCCCUUCAUCAAGGUCAUCAACUACAACCACCUGAUGCCCACCCGCUACACUCUCGAGCUCGAGGGCCUCAAGUCCGUCAUCACUGCCGAUACCUUCAAGGAGCCCAGCCAGCGCGAGGAGGCCAAGAAGACCGUCAAGAAGGUGCUCGAGGAGCGCUACACGAGCGGCAAGAACCGGUGGUUUUUCACUCCUCUGCGUUUCUGAUCGGGUUUUCCUCACAAUUGGCUGGGCGGGGCGAACGGUUUCAUCGGGCUGUACACAGCAUUCACCACGGAAUAAGAAUUCUGAGGCUCACUAGCUGAAUUUUACGGCAUUUUUGACGACAAGUUCGUCUGCCGCCCACCUCGCUUCCUCCACCUGAGAUGCCUGCGUGUCCCUGGUACAACACGAAAACCGGACUCGAGCAGGACAGGCAGGUUCAGGAUGAAGCGGGUGGGAGCGCGGCACUCAGUGACCGGUGACAUCGUAGCCCAAUGGAAAGCAGAGUGGGGAUGACCAGUGACAAUUCUUUUUGGCCAUGUGUUUGAUAGCUCCUCUGAAAUGUGUGUCGAAUGUCUGGGCACAAGCGGUCGUAGGGGGGCGCGAAUGUUCUCUUGUACAACCGGAGCUCGUCAGUACCUGCGUCCUGUUGUCACUCCGAGACACCUCGCUCCAUGAAACCCUCACUGGGUGUAACCUUC